GAGGAAGAGCCCUUUCCACUUCCAGGCACAGAAUGGAGGAAGCUCUCAAGAAACGAUCUCCCCCGCCGCCGCAGACAGAGGCGGCGUUCGAGCGGAGGACACGGCGGAGGUCGUCGCCGGUGGAGGAGGAGGAGGUGGAGGAGAAGAUAGCGCUGCUGAAGAAGAUGGUGCCGGGAGCGGCGGCGCUUGGGAUCGACGCGCUCUUCGACGAGACAGCUUCUUACAUCUUGUCUCUUCAGUCUCAGAUCAAAGCCAUGAGAGUUAUCUCUGCCUUUCUCGACCGCUUGGAGAUGGACAACUUCACCAAGUUCGGAGGUUGAUCUUCUUUCUACUUAAUAAUUCCUUACUAUUAUUACUUUUUUUUUUGUUUUUUAACAUUUUCUCUCAUGAAGUCCAUAAUUUAGUGUAUUUUUUUUUUCCAAUUUAUAAUGUCGGGGAAAAGAUCUCCACAUUUUUUUUC